GGGGAUCCCGGAGGCUCUGCGCCGUGUGGGAAAGACCGAGGCUUCGGGAGCGGGCGCCUGUCUCUUUAAAUGCCAGGGGCUGCACUCCCGCCCGGGAAGCCCGGAGCCGGAUCUACAAUCCCGUCCCUCCCGCUCCGGCGCUUGUUGCUCGUCCAGCCUGAGCGGGAGCUGCGACCGCCCGGCAGCUAGUCUGCUUCCUUCUCCUUCUUUUCGCUUCCUACCUUCCCCGAGAGCCGGUAGAGGGGGAGCAGUAGACUCAGCGGGAGGGAAGAGGUGCCUCCCACCUUCAAGUCUGAAGGCUCUACGUAGCCAAGGGGGCAAGACAUGCGUCGCUCCCCCCUAUCCAGCCUCGCUGCCGCCCACGUCUGGAGAGGAGGAACUGAAAAGCCCACACCUGCAAAGUCACCCUAGAAGUCUCAGGGUGCGGCCUGGGGCCCCUCCCCGUUCCCCAGGGCCUCCACCUCUUGGCGGGUGGUCUCAUCCCCUGUCCGGGAACUUGUGCCAAUGACCCUAGUGGUGCUUUCUGUUUCUCCCCGUUCGGCGUUGUGAACGUGUGUCCGCAGCGUGAUGGGCAACCAGGUGGAGAAACUGACCCACCUAAGUUAUAAGGAAGUUCCCACCGCCGACCCAACGGGCGUGGACCGGGAUGACGGGCCACGCAUUGGGGUCUCCUACAUUUUCUCCAAUGACGACGAGGACGUAGAGCAGCAACCGCCGCCCCAUGGGUCGGAUGGCAGUGGCUUGCCUGACCGUGGGGACGGGCUGCCAUUGCCCCCACCCCAGCCCUACGAUCCGCGGCUGCACGAGGUGGAGUGUUCUGUGUUCUACCGCGACGAGUGCAUCUACCAGAAAAGCUUCGCGCCGGGCUCCGCGGCUCUGAGCACCUACACACCAGAGAACCUGCUCAACAAGUGCAAGCCUGGCGACCUGGUGGAGUUCGUGUCGCAGGCGCAGUACCCGCACUGGGCUGUAUACGUGGGCAACUUCCAGGUGGUGCACUUGCACCGGCUUGAGGUGAGCAACAGCUUCCUGACGGACGCCAGCCAGGGCCGGCGCGGCCGCGUGGUGAACGAUCUGUACCGCUACAAGCCACUGAGCCCCAGCGCGGUGGUGCGCAACGCGCUAGCGCACGUGGGCGCCAAGGAGCGCGAGCUGAGCUGGCGUAACUCCGAGAGCUUCGCCGCCUGGUGCCGCUAUGGCAAGCGCGAGUUCAAGAUCGGCGGCGAGCUGCGCAUCGGCAAGCAGCCCUAUCGGCUGCAGAUCCAGCUCUCUGCACAGCGCAGCCACACGCUCGAGUUCCAGAGCCUGGAGGACCUGAUCAUGGAGAAACGGCGCAACGACCAGAUAGGGCGCGCAGCGGUGCUGCAGGAGCUUGCCAUGCAUCUGCAUCCGGCCGAACCCGAAGAGGGCGACAGCGACGCUGCGCGGACUACGCCGCCUCUGGAGCGCCCUCCUGCGCGGGGCCAGGAUGGAGAGGACCGAGAGGCGGUCGUGCAUUGACCCGCGAGCUGAGUGCAGAGCUGUCAGAGGUAGCUGUUUGCAGCAGCCGCUGCCCUCUCCCUCUGACUCCCUCUUCCACCAUCUUCUGGGCCCCAUUUGGGCUCCUGGGCCAUUUGGAAAACCUAGAGUGGGCGAAAUGCGCAGCCAUCUGUGGCUUGAGCAUGUUAUCUUGGACAGGAGGAAGAGGGAACAGGUAGGAGCUCUUUGGUUGGGGGCACUUCCUGCCUGCCCCCUCAGUCAGUCUUCCUUUCUGAGAUGGGACAAACUGUGGACACGCCUGACACUAAUCCCUGCUGGACCUGGGUCCAAAGUUGACUCUUCAUAUGCACACAGGGGUGGAAAAAAGUUCCAAGUACCAACGCCUGCCAUUAUUGCCCCUUCCUGCUUCCCUCCUACCUUCGGUUUGGAGGAUGCCCUGUACUUAGGCCAGGGUGGGUUUAUUGAGGCUCCUGGCCAGCACAGAGAGCUGCUUAUCUGCUUCCCCUGUGGAGCUGUGUGUGGGAUCCUGGAGGCUGGGGUGAUUUAUUUUAUGGGAUUCCUGGGUGCAAGACUGGAGAAACCAGGACCAGGUCUGGGAGCACCAGACCAAAAGCAAACAGCCGCCUGUGAAGUGUAACAAAUAGUUGAGUAAAUUUGGGCUACAAAACAAAGACUUUGCUACCUCCCUCCCCCCUGGCCCCAAGUAAUUCAUCUUCUGGAGCUGGCUUCUACCUGAGUCUCCUGCUUCCUCCUCCAUCCGCCACUUUCCAGGUUGCAAGUAAAUCAUUGUCAUGGACCAGCUAGGGGAAGGGUUCAGUGAUGGUUCUGUUUGGCCGCCUGUGUUUUUUGCCUGUUGCUGUAGGCACUUACAGCUGUGUUGUUUGUUAUCUAAGGAGGGACCAGCCCUUUGUGUCUCUGAUCUAAUUAAACCCGAUCGGUUGUGUUCAUCUGCAGUCCUGCAUGGGGUUGGCAGGUGCCACUCCUAAAGUAUCCACUACAGAAGCAGCCAAACAGGGUUGCCCUGGUGGGAAUUAAUUAGUCAAUUACUCCCACUCCCCAGUGAACUCCAUUCCUGAACCUUUUUCAAAUGGAAGACUUUGGUGGUGGGCCUGUGAAUUUUCAUUUUUCCUCACCGCCCCUUCCCUCUCACUUUUCUGCUGCUGGUAAAAUCUUAGGCUUGAGGCAUAUUUCAGUAAGUAUUUUGGUAGCCACACCUGAGGCACACUUCCAGCUGCAAAGUCCUGUUACAUGGCAGCAGUCUCCUUGUUGCUCGGAGAACACCCGUUCGGAAUGCUUUCUCAAUUACGAGAGGUGACAGCAAUCUCAAGUGCCACCUGGUGUAGUCAGUGCUGAGUCUGGUGACGGUCCUGAGGCACAGUUUAGUGACGGUGGGGAUCUGUUGGCAGCAGGCUUGCUGAUACUAUUUGGUUGUGCUGCUGAGCUUCUAUUUGCUUUCCUAGGAGACUUUAAAAAAAAAAAAAAGUACAACUUGUCUCUUGUAUUCACGUGAGCUCUUUAAUUCUGUGGGGCCUCGAUCUCAGAAGGCACCUCAGCUGCUCAUCGGCGUGGCUCAUGCUGUCUCAGAAGUUGCGUGAAGUUGUUCUUUCUCCCGAGAGUCAUUAGUGAUAACACUGAACCCGCCAUUUUGUGACCUAAAUCUUAAGAGUUGGAGUAGAAUCACACUGGAAUGUUCUACAGCCAUGGUCAUCCUUGGGCCUCCUGCCUAAACAAAUGUCUAAACAAAGGCAAGAAGACUUGAAGAAUUUUCUCGUACACUUUUUUCAAACUUGGGAGGCAAGGCCAUCCUUUUUGAAAAGCCUCCCUAGCACCUCAACAUGACAUUAUUUCAUUACAAGGGCAUUAGCUAUGUUUCCUGUUUGUGUCGGGAUCACCAAAGAGGUCCUAUUGUUGUGUUUGUUAAAGAUGAACCAUCCUCAGCCCUAGUCUGCGACUUUCGAGAAACAUCAGUGUCCUGCUGGACACGUAGCUCUAGUUUAUAUAGAUCUCACCGCCUUGUGUUUAUUUUCUUUUGCUCAUAGAAACGUGGAAUGAGAUACACAUGGGUAAAGACAUUAAGGAGAGCCUACUCUACCUACAGAUUUGGAUCUUCUCUUAUGCUUAACACAGUAAUGAAAAUUGAAAGUAAUGACCAAUGUGCAGACAGCAGGAAGGAAAAAGAGCAAAACAGCGCUGCCCAGCAGCUCUGGGCUAGCUAGCCAACUCUUUUCCGCUUUCCCAUCUCUCACCCUUCUUUGCCCUCAAAUGGAAAGUGAACGUCAAUGGUCACAGAGGCAUAGCAGUGCCACCUGUUGUUGCAAAUGAACUGCUUUUUGUAAGAAAUCUCAAUGUGAAGGAAGAACUCCGGUAAGAUUUAUACCGACAAUAGCAUUCUGUCUCUAGAGAAGUGGUUUUUGAUAACUGGGCUUGAGAAUGACCUAGAAGAGGAAAUAGGUCUACUGCAAACACUGCUUUCCCAUGUAGAGCCAGUGUUUUUACAGGUUACCAGAGAGGUGAAAUGUGUAAUACUUAGGAAAUUCCACUGGAAGAUUUCUUAGGGUUAUAAAGCUUCAAGUGAAGCAAAAACCAACCAGUGAAGGUGCCAAGAAAAGAGAAUCAAAAUCAACUCUUGGCUCUUUCCUCAAGAUGGCAGUGUUGUGGAUAAGUGACUUUUUAAUGCCAGGCAAUGGCGACAUCUGGCACUUUAAAAAAUAUAUUUGUAUUUAAUGAUUUUUAUUUCUCUUUAGGAUUAAGACUUCAGAAUUAUUUUUUACUGUGAAUUACGGAUGUUCUUUGAAGGAAAGAAAUAACAAUUCUAAAGUUCUUCAGAAGCUCUGGCAGGGCUAGGCAGGACGCCUGACCGGAACGUAUGCUAAAUGUAGUCAGACAAAUUCUAUUUUCUUACUUGAGCAACUAUUUUAUUGAGACUGCUUAUGUAUGUCAAAGGAGCCCUCAACUUCAGCUACACAACUUUUUGUAUUGAAAGAACACAGCUUUUUGUAGUUCUUAUUCCACAUUUAAUUUAAAAUAACUUUAUAACACUAAAAUGCCUAGCAGAAGACUGUACUCCAGACCUUUGAGGAAAUUAUUAGUUUUUAUGAAAAAUGACACGUCAGUGGUUAAACUUCUCAUGUCUUUGGUGCUUCUGACUCUAAUAGCACUACUAGACAACACUACAACCACAUGGAAACAUAUUUUUGGAAGCAAAACUUUAAUUUUAUACUACAUAUGCUAUGGAGAGUGAAGAAAAUUUAAGGACUACUUGUUUUCUAUUUUUUUCUUAACAAAAUGGAAUCCACUGUGUUGAAGACUCUUGAUAUUAUGUGAUUGUCUAACCAUUUUUUAUAAAUUAGCAUCAAAUUUAGUCAUGGUCACUGAAUGGAUUUGUUUGGAAAGUUAUAUUUUAUUUAUGAUUGUUUUUUUUUAAUCAGGGUAACUAUAAACUUGACUGGUUAUUCAAUGUUUCAUUAUGUUGUUUUGUUCUUAGCUAUAAUACUUGUAACCCAUGGAGAAUUACAUUGACUAACAUAAAUUCCACACAUGUAUUUUAUUUCCCAUUGAAUUGUGUAAAUUUUAUUUUUGUUGAAGAUUGUAUGUUAAAUCAAUGUUAUGUUCUUAUACCACUUCUUGAGAAGGAGAUACUGAUUUGAAAUUGUAUAUCAUUUCCUUCAAAAUGAAGGGCAUUGCUUAGUUAAAUAAAAGAUUGAUGACAUCUUUUAAACCA